AUGGAAGAUCUUCCCGACUUGGUACCUCUUGAAGAUGAAAACUUGGUGUCCGAGCUCCCAGACCUCGACAUGAGCGAAGAACCUGAGCCGGCCGAACCCGAAAUGACAGUUGUGUCACGCAAAAAAGGCAAAAGAAAGGCAGCCAAAAGCUUGGAUGUUAUAAUGGAAGACGAAGAAGCCGAAGAUGAAGGAGCACAGAGAGUAGAGCGAAAAGACGAACCAAUGGAUCAAGAAGCGUUUGAUAACAAACAGGAGGAAAAAAUAAAGGCAAAGCGGGAGGGUAUGUUGAUUUGCCAUUUAAAUUGUAAUCAAGGUUUUUUUGGAGUAAGAAGUACAACAUUAAGAAUUUUCAUUUUUUCUGUAUUAUGUUCAAAUUUAGGAAAGAAUGCAGUGGAAACUGACGUCAGACGUGUUCCCAUCCCAAGGCACCGUUAUUCUCGUCUGAAGGCCGAGUGGAAAAAGAUUGUGGAGCCUAUUGUAUCACAGCUGAAGCUACAAGUCAGGUAAGAGUAAUACCUUAAUAAAAAUACCGAUUUUAAGACAAAUAUGACAUAAAAAUGAUGAAAUUCUAUAAGUUUUAUAGGUACAAAAGUAAUAUGAACAUUUUCAAACGUAUUUUUUGAAAUUUUCUAUUGUAUUCUUUUAGAUUCAAUUUGAAGACGAGAAAGGUCGAGAUCAGAGCUCCGAAGGACCAAAAACCAAACUUAACUUAUCUACAGAAAGCAGAAGACUUUGUUCAUGCAUUUGCGUUGGGAUUUGAGGUACAGGAUGCGAUUUCACUUAUCAGAUUGGACCAUAUUUUCCUGGAAAGCUUCGAAGUUCAGGAUGGUGAGUUUUUCAAAUGGGAUUUCUUGUUAUGAAUACGCUUUAUCUUUUUAAGCCUUAGCCUUCUAAGCCUAAACCUUAAUAUUUUUACUAUUUAUCAUAAUUAUAAUUGGUUUUACUUUUAUAUAACCCUUCAUUUUCAGUAAAACCAUUGUACGGCGAACACUUGUCCCGUGCCAUCGGUCGGAUUGCUGGAAAAGACGGUCGAACUAAACACACAAUCGAAAACGUGACCCGAACAAGAAUCGUGCUCCAAGAUCAAAAAAUCCACACUAUGGGAUCGUUCCAAAACCUUCGGCUGGCACGUCACACUCUUUGUUCUCUAAUCCUGGGCCGACCUCCAAGCAAGGUAUACGGUAAUCUGCGCAACUUGUCUUCACGAAUGGCUGAUCGACUCUAA